UUUUUUUUUUUCUUGCUUCAUCCUCAUUUUAUCCCACGGUUAAACUUCCAGAAGUUUAAACUACAAUUCACGAUACGAUAGAAAUGGAUCCACACGCAGGAACGGGACGCAUUGUUCUCCCUACCAACGUCCGCCCAACACACUACGACCUCACACUCACUCCUGACUUGGUCAAUUUCACAUUUCAUGGCCAUGUUCUCAUCAACCUUGAUGUCAAUCAACCCACAACUGCCAUCACCCUCAAUAGCAAUCAACUUGACAUCACUUCAGCCAAACUCACCAACUUGGCACUCAAGACUGAGUCCAGUCAAGAUGCUACAGAUAUUACGAUUGAAAAGGCCAACGAGACUGCUACGUUCACGUUUGCAGAAGAACUUCAACCUGGAUCCACUGCUGUUCUUCAUGUUACAUUCAAGGGUAUCCUCAACGAUAGCAUGAAUGGGUUUUACCGCAGCUCUUUCAAGGACGAUGACGGUAAGACCCAUUAUAUUGCAACCACUCAAUUCGAGGCUACAGAUGCUCGCAAGGCUUUUCCAUGCUGGGAUGAGCCAGCUAUUAAGGCUACGUUCGAUAUCACAUUGCGUGUUCCAUCCGAUCUGGUAGCAUUGUCCAAUAUGAAUGUGAUCUCUGAAAAAGAAAUUGGCCAUACUGGAAAAGUGAAGGGUGAUUCCACAAAAGGUCCUGAUGUCACACCUUCAACACAAAAGGGCGAUGUUCCAUCUACUCAGAAAGGUGAUGUCCCCUCAACUCAGAAAGGGGAUGUUCCCUCAACUCAGAAAGGCGAUGUCCCUUCCACUCAAAAGGGUGAUGUUGUCAGUGGAUUACCUCUCAAGGAAGUCAAGUUUGCAACCACCCCAAUCAUGAGCACAUACCUUGUCGCAUUUAUUGUUGGGAAGUUUGAAUAUAUUGAGACAGUCACAAAGAACCUUCCAACGCCCAUUACCUGUCGCGUCUAUGUCCUUCCAGGAAAGACCGAAGAAGCCAAGUUUGCACUGUCAGUAACCCCCCUUGCUUUGGAGUACUUUACAGAGCUGUUUGGCGUUGCUUAUCCUCUGCCCAAGAUGGACUUGAUUACAAUCCCCGACUUUGAGUCUGGUGCAAUGGAAAAUUGGGGCUUGGUCACUUACCGCUCCAUCCGUCUGUUAUUCAACGAAAAGACAAGCGAUCUCAGCUACAAGCGUCAUAUUGCUUACACCAUUUGCCACGAGAUUGCUCACCAAUGGUUUGGCAACCUUGUCACGAUGGACUGGUGGGAUUAUCUUUGGCUGAAUGAAGGAUUUGCCACCUGGGUCGGUAACUUGGCUGUAUCACACUUCUUCCCUGAAUGGGACAACUGGUCUUACUUCAUUGCAGAUGGCUUCCAGAUGGGUCUUGCUCUUGACGGGCUUCGAAGUAGCCAUCCUAUUGAGGUGCCUUGCAAACACCCUCAUGAGAUUCAUCAGAUUUUUGAUGCCAUCAGUUAUUACAAGGGUGCCUCUUGCAUCCGCAUGUUGAGUUCUUGGCUAGGACUGGACGUCUUUUUGAAGGGUAUCCGGAUAUAUAUCAAGAAGCAUGCCUACAGGAACACCAGUACUGAGGAUUUGUGGGCAGCCCUCAGUGAGGCAUCUGGUGUUAAUGUUGGCGAGUUUAUGAAUGUCUGGAUCAAGCAAGUUGGUUACCCUGUUGUUGAUGUCGAGGAGGAUGCCGAUGCCAGUACUCUGACGUUCAAACAAUCUCGUUAUCUUUCUUCUGGGGACCUCAGCACAGCAGAAGACACUGCCCGCUGGACCAUUCCCCUUGGAAUCGAGCCUGCUCCCGUAGAUGCCAAGAGUCAGCUUUUAUCAGGUGACUCGACCACCAUCAAGCUUGAGAAAGGUAGUCAUUACAAGGUCAACUCUAAUUACACCGGUUUCUUCCGCACUGCCUACCCAGCCUCAGCUCUGUCUCGCAUUAGUCAAUCUAUCAAAUCUAAGGACGCUCUCUUCACUCCUGGUGAUCGUGUUGGUCUGUUGGCAGAUUUGGGCGCAUUAUGCAAAAGCGGCCACGUUAAGACCAGCUCUCUCUUGGAACUGUUGGAGUCAUUUGAAGAUGAGGAUCAAUAUGUAGUCUGGGUGGCGAUCGCUGAACGCGUCAAUGUUCUGUCAUCUGUGUUCUACAGGGAGCCUGAGGACUUCCAAAAGGCGCUUGAGAAAUUUCAGCGCAAGCUGUUCUCCAAGGCAGCAGCGAAACUUGGCUGGGAGACUCAGGCUUCAGAUGACUACCGAUCCACUCUGCUCCGCAAGUUGUUGCUGACAAAUGCAGGAUGUGCUGGGGAUGAAGCCGUGGUAGAGGAGGCUCGAAGGCGUUUUGGUGUUUAUGUUGGAGGCGAUACCAAGGCCUUGAAUCAGAAUGUUCAGAGUGCAGCAUUUGAGAUUGUAGUGCAGCAUGGUGAUGAAAGUGACUUUGAGAAAGUUCUCAAGUGCUGGCGCGAAGCAACAGCCACAGACCAGAAGUUGGCAGCCAUAGGCGCUCUGACUGCGGUCCGUCAUCCAACCUUGAUUCAACAAUUGCUUGAACUUUCAGUUUCUGAGGAGGUGAAGGCUCAAGACAUCGGUUACUUCUUUGGAGGUUUGUCUCGCAAUCCAACAUCACGACAUGCAUUAUGGGAUUAUAUCAAGAUCAACUGGGAGAUGUUGAGCACCCGUUAUGAUGGUUCAAUGGCAUUGCUUGGUAACAUUGUGAAGAGUGGUGUAGGACGAUUCACGAGCGAGGAAAUGGCGAAGGAUUGUGAAGGAUUUUUUGAGGGCAAGAAGGUGGAUGAUAUCUCUCGUCCAAUUGCACAGAGUUUAGAGGUGAUCCGCUCAAAUGCCAAGUGGGUUGCACGCGAUUUGGAGGAUGUGCGUCAAUGGUUGGUUUCAAAAGGAUAUCUUGCUUGAGAUGUUGAUGAUUAAGUUCUGUUUGUAAGCUCGAUAGCACAAGAAUUAAAAAAAAAAAAAAAAAAAAAA